AGCCGCAGCCCCGCGUCGUGCAGCCUGGCGCGACUAUUGCUCGGGCCCCUCAGAGAUUCCCAGGCAGGCCGAGGAGAGGGGGGCGAGGGAGGACCUGAGGGGCGGUCUCCCAGGGCCUGACUGGCCGGGAACCUUCCCCGCCUUGGCCACCUGACAGGAGCUGGACGCCCGACUAGACUCGGGUCCCCCCUCCCCCCCAGCACCAAGGAGACUGGUUGUACAGGCCGCCUGGCACGUCAUGGCUGCUUCUGUCCAAACUGCGCGUCCUAAGGCGCCCUGGGGGCGCACGCUGGUUCGGGGAACGCGGCGCUCCGGGAUUUUGAAAUCACAGAGACCACUGGUAGUCCUGAGGUCUGCAGGCCUGGCUGACACUGAGGAGGAUGAGCUAUGGCAAGGAAGGCGGGCUGUGGCUCCAGGCGAGAGCCCGUGGCAGGGGCAGGCCGCACCUGUGUGCUGUGGGCUCUGGCCUGGGCUAGAGAUCAGGGCGGAGGAGGUGGCCUUCAAGGUCCCCCCACACCAGCAGGCCGUCCUCCAGGCUGACAGAGGUCAAGGAGCUCAGUGGGCAGCCCAGGGAAAGGGCGGAUUGUGUGGCCCUGCUCGCCAUCCCGUCCCCCUUGAGGAGCAGCCGAAAGGCUACGUGUGCUGCCUGGUCAUUCAAAUUGUCAAUUUUAGGUCCAGAAGUGUCCAAACCACAAGUUCUCAAAACUCUCUGAAAAAUGGCUCCCUUCGAGUUAAGAGCUCCUGGACACCGGAAAAGGCGAUUCCCUGAGCGCCCCGGAGUUGGAGACAAUUUGGGGUUCAGUCUUAAACAUCUUUCGAGGUCUGCGCAGGGCGGCCAUUGGCGGCGGAGCGUCACGUGACCGCGGGGGCGUGCCAAUGUGCGCCCUCACGGGUGUCAAGCCCCUGUCAGAGUGUGUGAUCAAGAUCGUGAAACAACGCGAUGCAAAAAGCGACCUACUACGACAGCUCCGCGAUCUACGGUGGCUACCCCUACCAGGCAGCCAACGGGUUCGCUUAUAAUGCCAGCCAACAGCCGUACCCAGCGUCCGCAGCCCUGGGCACGGAGGGCGAGUACCACCGACCCGCUUGUUCACUCCAAUCACCCGCCAGCGCUGGGGGCCACCCCAAGGCGCACGAGCUGAGUGAGGCAUGUCUGCACACCCUGAGCGGCCCUCCCAGCCAACCCCCAGGCCUGGGAGAGCCGCCCCUGGCCCCACCACCGCCCCAGGCUGCGCCCCCGGCCCCUCAGCAACCUCAACCACCUCCGCAGCCCCCUGCGCCAGCUCCUGCUGCGCCCCCACCCCCCUCUUCCGUCUCCCCACCUCAGAAUGCCAGCAGCAACCCCACUCCUGCCAGUGCGGCCAAGAGCCCCCUACUCAACUCGCCCACCGUGGCCAAACAGAUCUUCCCCUGGAUGAAGGAGUCUCGGCAGAACACAAAGCAGAAAACCAGCGGCUCCAGCUCAGGGGAGAGUUGCGCAGGCGACAAGAGUCCGCCUGGGCAGGCGUCCUCCAAACGGGCACGCACAGCCUACACGAGCGCACAGCUGGUGGAGCUGGAGAAGGAAUUCCACUUCAACCGCUACCUGUGCCGGCCACGUCGCGUGGAGAUGGCCAACCUGCUGAAUCUCACCGAGCGCCAGAUCAAGAUCUGGUUCCAGAAUCGCCGCAUGAAGUACAAGAAGGAUCAGAAGGGCAAGGGCAUGCUGACGUCAUCAGGGGGCCAGUCCCCAAGUCGCAGCCCGGUGCCCCCGGGCGCUGGCGGCUAUCUGAACUCUAUGCAUUCACUGGUCAACAGUGUUCCCUACGAGCCCCAGUCGCCCCCACCUUUCUCCAAGCCCCAACAGGGCGCCUACGGGCUGCCCCCUGCUUCUUACCCCGCACCCUUGCCCAGUUGCGCGCCCCCGCCGCCCCCACAGAAGCGCUACACAGCUGCGGGGGCAGGCGCAGGAGGCACACCCGACUAUGACCCGCACGCGCAUGGCCUGCAGGGCAACGGCAGCUAUGGGACACCACACUUACAGGGAAGCCCCGUCUUUGUGGGGGGCAGCUAUGUGGAGCCCAUGAGCAACUCUGGGCCGGCCCUCUUUGGCCUAACUCACCUCCCCCACGCUGCCUCGGCUGCCAUGGACUAUGGGGGUGCUGGGCCGCUGGGCAGUGGCCACCAUCACGGCCCCGGGCCAGGGGAGCCGCACCCCACCUACACGGACCUUACCGCCCACCAUCCUUCUCAGGGAAGAAUUCAGGAAGCCCCCAAGCUCACCCACCUGUGAUGGUGGGCUGGGGCUGAGCGCCAGGAGAGUCCACGCCCCCCCCCCCAACUACCACCUUUCUUCUUUGCUUUUUUUUUUGUUUUGUUUUAAGGUUCUUCCUGCACCUCCCCUUUCUCUCUCCUCCGCCCCCUUUCACCCCCCCCCCGUUUGUUUUCUUUGGUAACGCGUUUUUAUAGUUUAUGUGACGUAGCAAUCUUGGUUGCUGGAAUGGCUGUCAGUAUCAAUAGCGAUAUUUAUCUCCUCCCACCCCCGCUCGGCCGGCCGCUGGCCCUGCACCCUUUACCUUCUCUACUCUUUGAUCAGAAACAGGGUAUAUGAACAAAUUUUCUAGCCGAGUUCUUCAAUGUGAAUUUGUUCGUACAUUAUGGCUCCCGAGGGGAAGCGAUUACUUUUUUAAUUUUAGUUUUUUUUAUUGCACUUCUUGUAAAGAGCGAGAAAAAAAUCAAAGGCGCUUUGAAACAGGGGCUCCCUGUGCAAGGAUGACUAAGUGUACGUCUUUCCGUGUGUGUAUGCUGGUGAACAGUCAGAUUUAUUUAUAUUUUUUUUGCAAGCAUUGAAUAAUCUAAGUUUUAAAUAUUAUUUAUCCCCAUCCGUUCGUAUUUAUAUUAAAGAAAUUCUGUACCCUGAUUGUUCAGAAGGUUUCUUGAGCCUUUUGUUCAAUAGUGUAUUGGCGUACAUAGGAAAUUUUUUUAUUUCAAAGGGAAAUGUAAUUCCUUUAUUAAAAAAAAAAAAAAAAAGGUAACGAUGCAAUAAUACCAGAGAGGAUCCAGCUUUCAAAAACAGUGAUUUUAAGUUUGUAACAUCCGGCGAAACUGAAGAAAACAAUCUGUAAACGGGAAAAAUGCUAGAUUUGUUUUAAGAGUUCUACAUUCCUUGCUGCUCACACUCUGAGAAACAAAACAAAACAAAAAAGAUAAUAAAGUUUUUAUUCUGAAUAA